UUUUCUUUAAAAAUAAUGAGGAAUUACCUGAUUCUGAAAACAUUAUGUAAAAAAAUUUAUUGGGUCGGUUCAGGCAAUUUUUGGUACGAAGAAGGAGUAAUAAGAGAUGAUAAUAGUAUUUUUUACAAAAUAUUUAAUCACGGUCUAUUUUUGACUUACGGAUUUAUGACUCUAUUGGAAAUAUUAGCUGCUCUAAUUGGCGACUUUCCAGAGGAUGAAAAAAGCGAUUCCAUAACAUUCGCAGUCAGUCAUACAAUUGUAAUGAUAAAAAUAUUCUCAGUAAUAUCGAAUAAGAAGUUGGUGAAAAAGUUGAUUCGAGAUCUCAUAAAAGUUUGUGAGUUGUACGAGGAGGACUCCUUGAUGGUAGAAAAAUACAGGAUUAUGAAGAUUAAUAUUGUUGCUUAUGUUUUUAUUGUUUACGGUUCUACUGCGUGUUUUGUAUUUGAAGGCUUACGAAAGAUGCAUGUUGGUUCGCAUUUUGUUACUGUUGUAACAUAUUAUCCGUCAUAUGGAGAGGAUUCGCUCUUGGCUGUAAUAACUAGAAUAACUACAACUUUUGUUCUCAUUAUCAUGAUGCUAACUAUGAUUGUAUCUGUAGACUGCUUUGCGCUAGCCAAUUUGAUAAUUUUCAAAUACAAAUUUAUUACGCUGAAAGGUUACUUUGAAAAAUUGAAAGAAGAUUUCGAUAAGCUCCUUGAGACGGGCAAUCCGAGGAAAGCGGCGGAGCAGUUGACGCAAGGACUUAUUGCAGGCAUCAUUAUGCACAAAGAACUAAUAAGAAUAUCAACGGAAAUUGACAAAGCAUUUGGAACAAUUUUGGCUUUGCAGUUAUUCCAAAGUUCAGGUUCUGCGGUGUCACUUUUGCUGCAAAUAACUCUUUCAGAUCAGUUAACUCUUGUCGCACGAAUGAAGAUACUAUUUUUUAUUAUAGCUUUAUUCUUCUUACUGGGACUUUUUCUGUGUAACGCUGGCGACAUUACUUAUCAGGCGUCUUUAUUAUCAGAUUCGAUAUUCUACUGUGGCUGGCAUUCAUGUCCUUCCCAGUAUCCAAGCAAAGCCCGACGAAACUUGGGACUGCUGGUAUUGCAAGCAUGUGCACAGUCGCAGCGUCCUAUUGUGAUGAAGGCUUUUAAAAUGCUUGAACUUACCUACGCAACCUUCCUUUUGGUAGUGCGGGGAACAUACUCAGUUUUUGCGUUAAUUUACGCUCAAAAUCAAUGAGUUAAACAAUUUUUAU